GAAACAGGCGACCAAGCGCAACCGGAGCAACGGUUACGGCCAACGGCAACGUUACGCAGCAUGUCCGGCACGACGGGAAAGCGCAAGGAGAUUUACAAAUAUCUCGCACCAUGGCCGCUCUACUCUAUGAACUGGUCGGUGCGGCCCGACAAACGGUUCCGGCUAGCGCUCGGCAGCUUUGUCGAGGAGUACAACAACAAGGUGCAGAUCAUCAGCCUCGACGAGGAUACCAGCGAGUUCAGUGCGAAAAGCACAUUCGACCAUCCCUAUCCAACCACGAAGAUUAUGUGGAUCCCGGAUUCGAAGGGCGUGUAUCCGGAUCUGCUCGCAACCAGUGGUGACUAUCUGCGGCUGUGGCGUGCCGGCGAACCCGACACACGGCUCGAAUGUGUGCUAAACAACAACAAAAACAGUGACUUCUGUGCACCGCUUACCUCGUUCGACUGGAACGAGGUGGAUCUAAAUCUCGUCGGCACAUCGUCGAUCGAUACGACCUGUACGAUCUGGGGUCUGGAAACGAGCCAACCGCUCGGGCGCGUUAAUCUCGUGUCCGGGCACGUGAAGACGCAACUCAUCGCGCACGACAAAGAGGUGUACGAUAUUGCGUUUUCGCGCGCGGGCGGUGGACGGGAUAUGUUUGCGUCGGUCGGUGCGGACGGUAGUGUGCGUAUGUUCGAUCUGCGCCAUCUAGAGCACUCCACCAUCAUCUACGAAGAUCCGGCCCAUACGCCGUUGCUCCGGUUGGCAUGGAACAAGCAGGAUCCGAAUUAUCUCGCAACGGUGGCAAUGGAUAGCUGCGAGGUGAUUAUACUGGACGUGCGCGUACCGUGCACACCGGUUGCCCGGCUGAGCAAUCAUCGGGCGUGCGUGAAUGGUAUUGCGUGGGCACCGCACAGCUCGUGCCAUAUCUGUACGGCGGGCGAUGACCAUCAGGCACUGAUCUGGGACAUCCAGCAGAUGCCGCGGCCUAUCGAAGAUCCGAUCCUCGCGUACACCGCUGCCGAGGGUGAGGUAAACCAGAUACAGUGGGGUGCCACGCAACCGGACUGGAUUGCCAUCUGCUACAAGACAGCGUGCGAAAUUUUGCGCGUCUAA